AUGGCCAUCGACAGAGUCCCCCGCGGCCAAGUCCGCGCAACCCUAAACUUCUUCGCCGCACCCCCCGACUCCUCCUCCCCCUACAACCUCAUCAACCCAGAUGGCCCUCCCACCAGGAACUACGGCGAUGCCCCAACAGAGACCCUCCUCAACGACAUCCGCGGCCGUGAAUCAGACUUCACCCUAGACCGCGACGCCUUCGCCGUAAUCCGCAACCUCCCGCCCUCCGCCGAAGAAAACUUCACAGACGACGAAUCCGUCAAGGAAAAGUACUACCCGGAACUCGAGAAGCUGCUACUAGAACACGUCACGGGAAGCAACCGCGUUUUAUUCUUCGACCACACCAUCCGCCGCGCAGACCCAAAAGCCCUCCGGAACCCAGUCACCCGCGUCCACAUCGACCAAACCCCGGCCUCGGUAAUUCAGCGCGUGAAGAAGCACCUGCCCCAGGAAGAAGCCGAUAAACUCCUCGCGGGCCGGUACCGCAUCAUCAACGUCUGGCGCCCGCUCAACAAGACGCCCGUCGAGUCGUUCCCGCUAGGCUUCGCUUCGUCGUCAACGCUGGCAGACGAGGAUAUCGUGCCCAUCGAGCACCGGUAUACCAUGGGCUACACUGGUGAGACGGCAGGUAUCAAGUUCAACCCGGGGCAAAAGUGGUAUUACCUGAGCGGCAUGACGGGAGACGAGCGGCUGUUGCUCGAGUGCUUCGACAGCGAGGGUCUCCGGGACGGCACUGGUGUUGAGGGGGGUCGCGUAGCCCACACUGCGUUCGAAGACCCGAGGACGAGGGCCGAUGCUGUGGGCCGCGAGAGCAUCGAAGUACGGGCGUUGGUGUUUGGUCCUUAG